CCGGUGUCUGUCCGUGUUUUGUACCAGCCAAUCAGCGUCCUGAAUUCACUGUAUGCGGAAGUUGCUACGUUUCACACUGCUCAGUGCAAUUUGGAGCUUUCCGCGUUGGAAAAAAUGCCCCGAUAGCUAUCAGUAAAACCACUAGAGCAGGUUUUAUUAAUGCCGUUUUCUGGUAUAAAUACAUUUAACAUUGUUAGCUGUUCCAAAAUGACGUCUUAAUGACAGUAGUAUUCACGUGUUAGCCUCAUGGCUGACUCUGUGACCGUGUGUAGCCGGGACUUCAUGUCCGCUUCAAGCGGCUGAGGUGAAGCUGGGCGACCGCUGAAAGGGGCGCUGGCAGUGGGGACGAGCGGCAGGGAUGGAGCCAGCAAAGCGGCUCCGGACGGCGGAGGAAGCGGGAGGAGAAGUGAGAGGAAACGGAGGAGGAGAGCAGCCAGAGGCGGAGAGGAGGAUGACCGCGGAUGUGAGCAUCAUCAUGCCGGUGCACAACGCCUCGUGCUGGCUGGAGGAAUGUCUGCAGGCCAUAAUGCACCAAGACUUCACCGGCUCCAUGGAGCUCUCCGCGUUUGACGAUGCAAGCACAGAUGACUCCAGGAAGGUGCUGGAGGGCUGGAGGCAGAGGAUGGAGGAUCGGGGAAUCUCAGUGGUGAUCUCAGGUCACAGUUCUUCCCAACCCGGAGGAGUGGGAUUUGCAAAGAAUAAGGCAGUGGCUCAGAGUAGUGGACGGUACUUGUGUUUUCAGGAUGCGGAUGACAUUAUGUUGCCCCAGAGAGUCCGUUUGCAGUAUGAAACAUCUAUCCUCCAUCCAAACUCGCUGAUUGGCUGUAGAGUCCAGCGGCUGCCGGAGGGAUCUACGGAGCGAUACGCCCGCUGGAUCAACUCGCUGACUCGGGAUCAGCUCCUCACUCAGGAAUGGAGUAGAAGUGUUUCUUCCCCUCUGAAGCUUUUGGCAUACACCUCCCAUGGGCCCACGGUGGUCAUGCCAACAUGGUUCUGCUCAAGGAAAUUGUUCAUGAAAGUCGGAUUGUUUGACGAAGGAGGCAAGGGAGUCCCGGAGGAUCUGCUCUUCUUCUACCAGUUCCUUCGUCAGGGAGGCUCUCCGCUCAGGGUGGACCAGCGCCUGCUGGUUUAUCGGUACCACGAGGCGGCUGCUACUCAUUCCGUGACCGAGGAGACGAUCUGGAAGCUGCGCGUUGACUUUCUGCAGGAGAGAGUCCUGAGCCAGUGGGAAAGCUUCACCAUCUGGAAUGCCGGGAAGCAGGGGAGGAAGCUCUACCGAAGCCUGAGCCUGAUCAAUCAGAAGAAGGUCAAAGCGUUCUGCGACGUGGAUGAAAAUAAAAUUCGGAAGCGAUUCUACACACAUGAGGAAUCCAAGGAAAGACCAAAGCCUACGGUCCCCAUCCUGCACUACAAAGAGGCCGCGGGCCCCUUCAUUAUCUGCGUUAAACUGGACAUGACAGGAGGCGUCCUGGAGGAAAACCUCAACUCGUUGCAGCUGAAGGAAGGAACAGAUUACUACCAUUUCAACUGACGGCUGAACGUGCUGCAGGAGGCCACAGGAGCCCUGCAGGUUAAACAGACAGGAACGCACAAGACUGAUUUAUGAAAACAUAAACACAAACUCCGAGUUAGGGUGUUUAUAACAGCGAGACGAAGUGAGAGCAGCAGCACUGGAUUAAAGGACAAAAACACAACAGGAAUGGGGAAGUUUAUAUUGUGUAAUAAAAAGGGCCUUUUCUGUGUAAAAAGGUAACGAAUUUUGUGUCCUGAUAGUUUAACUUGGCGAGGUUAACACCUCUGGUUUGAUUCUCUGCUUCUCUCUUUUUCCACCGUUUCAAAUUCGUUACGUUUGGCUGUUUCUGUGGAGAUUUUACAGUAAAUUCCUCUUUUCAGGGAAACAUACUUUAACGUUUUGUCUUCUCUGGUUAAGCGGAAUCUGAGUGAAAGUGUAAAAGUGAAACAGGUUUCAUAAGGUACAUGAAAAAAUGCUUGAUAAAAGUGAAACUGCACAGGAACCAAGCAGCCUCUGCAGAGUACUGACUCGAGUUGUUGAUGGUGUAGAAAAGAUUGAUUUAUUGUUUAUGGAAGUAACUACAGGGACCUCUCAAUAACUAAAAACUUAAUCACAAAGUUGAUUUCUCUAAUUUAGUUCAUCUUUGUUAAAUACUUUGUGGCGGAUAAAAUCCAGCGGACGAUGCGACAAAUCAUCGCUGACUGUGGAAACGUCACACUGGACAUCCAACAACGUGGCUCUGUGUCUCUCCACUCUUCCUCCAGACUUUGUGACCUCGAUUUCCAACUUAAAUGCAAACUUUACUUUGAAAACUGGACUUUGAACACUGGGGCAGCAGUUUUCUCUGAACCAGAUGAGAUUCUGCUGAUGUUUCUUGUUUAAAGGUGGUUUACCAAAAGGAAUGGGGCUCAGAAUUCAUAUUGUUUUUGGGCCACUUUUUCCUCCCACUGAACUUUCCGUUAAUAUGCAGCAUCAUUAGAAAUGAACUUCAGUGACUUAACCUUUUCUAGCGCAUCCCGGACAACAGUCCAGUCAGCAGUCAAGAGCAUUAGUUUUAUGUUAGAUUCUAAUUUUCUGUUAAAUUAAAUUCUAGGUUAUUAUUGAAAUGUAUUGCUCCGAUUUUAGUUUUUUUUUUUUUUUUUU